UCUCUUUCCGGGAAAAAUGAUGUUUGAAGAUUCGCAAGAGCCGGGCGUCUCGUUCGCCGUCGAUCAAUACCCCGAUCAAGAACCGGACGUUAUUCAAUGCUCGCAAGGCCACCGUACCACCCUAUCCCUCCGCACCCAACAAGGCGGCUCUAUCUGCCUCCUCUGCUUCUCCAACCUCAUCUCCAACCCACGCGCUCCCACUCUCCAUGUUUCCUACGCUCUCUCUCAACUCUCCCUCGCCCUUUCUGAAGCUCCUUUUCUCAACUCCCUCCUUUCCUUCCACCCUCACUUCCUCAUCUCCCCUCUCCUCCACGCGCUUUCUUCCUUCGACGAUGAUCCGAUCGCUCAACAACUCAUUGAUAUAAUCUCCGCUCUUUGCGCUUCUGCUAAUGACUCCGUCACCGCCGAUUUCAUUGCUCAAGUUUCCGGUAAACUCUCUUCUGGCGCGUUGGCGUGGAGUCGAAGGCAGCUUUAUAUGCUUCAUUGUCUGGGAGUUCUCCUGAACCGUCAAAUAAAUGAUCCUUGUAUGCACAUCAGAGACAAAGAUGCUCUAGUAUCCAAUUUAGUGGCAGGUCUUCAAUUGCCAAGUGAUGAAAUCCGAGGAGAGAUUCUUUUUGUUCUGUAUAAACUAUCUGCUCAAGGAUAUGCAUCUAAAGAUUGUGUAGGAGCAAAUGUUCUUCAUGCUUUUUGUCCCAGUUUAUUGCGUUUGUCAAUGGAGGCCCUUCUGAAAACCCAAAGAGAUGAUGUACGAUUAAAUGGAAUAGCUUUUCUGAUGCUCUUGGCACAGAUUGGAUUGUUUGGAAAUGGACUUGGAAAUGAAAUAAGCAGUUUGAGUUCUGAUGAAGCAGACCACUUCAUGCAAACGACUGAAGAAGGACUAGAUGAAUCCCCAUUGAGUAUAUUGUUUGCCGAGGCUAUCAAAGGCCCACUGCUUUCAUCAGACAGCCAAGUCCAAAUCAGCACAUUAGAUCUGAUAUUCCACUACUUGUCAUGUGGAGAUGCUUCCCCCAGACAGAUUCAAAUUUUGGUAGAAGAAAAUAUUGUGGAUUAUGUGUUUGAGAUAUUAAGAUUAUCAGAAUGCAAGGAUCCACUGGUCUACUCUUGUGUUAGAGUUCUUAAUCUCUUUUAUGGAAGUUUUCCUUAUUAUCCUCUCCUUUCCUUAUGAAGCUUGCUUAUACAAAAUUGUGUUUCUGAUUGCCCUGGAAUAGCAUCAACUUCUAACAUUGAUGAAUUGGCUCUUAUUUUGUCAAGGAUGUUUGAAAGGCAUAGAGAUGGGGAAAUUGGCAUGAUUCCAGAGACAUUCGUAUUGGUUUGUUCCAUCUUUGUAGUUCUUUUAAAAUUCCCAUCUUCUCAAGGGGCUUCAAAUCUUCCAUCAUUACUUCAAGAAGCAUUGAAACAUGCUGUUUUAGCUUGCCUGACCGUCUCUGAGAAUGAUCCUGGUCGACUCUUGCAUUCUUUAUACCUUCUUAAAGAAGCAUAUUCAUACGGUCAAGAAGAGUGCUCUGCAAACAAGUCCAGCAACUUUGAACUGCGAACUAGUAUUGUGGAAAUAUGUACCUCACAUAUAUUACCUUGGUUUUCCAUGGCUGUUAAUGAACUUGACGAGGAAACUGUCAUGGGGGUAUUCGAGACAUUCCAUUUUAUACUGGUUCAAAAUCCUGAUAUCCAAGCAACAGAACUAGCAAAAGUCCUACUUUCAUCCUCUUGGUUCAGUUUUUCAUUUGGAUGUCUAGGACUAUUUCCUGCUGAAAUGAUGAAAUGGAGAGUUUAUCUAAUGCUCAGUUCACUUGUGGAAGUUCUUUUGGGAAAUCAAUCUGGACAGCACAUUAGGGACGCUGCAUUUUUUCUUCCAUCUGAUCCUAUUGAUUUGCUGUUUCUGCUUGGGCAGAAAAACUCCCGUGAUGUAGAUUUGUCUUCUUGCCAAGCUGCAGUUUUACUGCUUUUGCAUUUCAGUUGCCUGCAUGAUGACUGGCUUGCAGAUGAGAGAUCGGUUUUAGCUUCUCUGGAGCAAUAUAUUCUUGUUAACAGUGGAGAUUUCUUAUCAGGUAGCAUUGAUUCCUUGACAAUGAUGCAAGUUUUGAAUCUUUAUGGCCUAUGUAGAGGUCUUUCUAAGUUGAGAAACCAAGUUUCUCACAGCCUGGAAGCUGAGAGGAUCCUGUUCCAUAUGCUCUCUCAAAGUGAAUGGGAUUUGCAUUCUGCAACGAUUCAUCCAGUAGCUGUGAGAUGGUUGUUUCAACAGGAGAAAAUCAGCAAGCCAUUAUCGAGUCAACUUCUAAAAUUUUGUAGAAUAGACUGCUCAGAUAGAAACCAAAUACUCAUCCAUAGGGAUAAGUCUCACAUUAUAGAUGUAAGUGUAAUUGCGGACUUAGUUGCAACGAGAGAUAACCAUGCUGCAAAACUUUUGGUGUGUUUAUUGGUAGAGCUUGCCGAGGAAGGAGCCCAGAAUCAAGACAUUAUAACUGUAGUAAAUCUUAUAUCAGCAGUCAUUAACAUCUUUCCAGCUGCCUCAGACCAACUAUGCUUGCAUGGAAUAGGCAAUUCAAUCCUAAUGGUAGUUUAUUAUAAUUCAGGUCAUUCUUCUUCCUCAGAGUUACUUGUGGCCAUCUUACUUCUGCUAUUCAAUAUCUUAAGUACAGUGCACCAUGAAACACUUUCUGAUGGAGAACCUUGGCUUGCAUUGUCUACAAAGUUGAUAGACUGCUUAAUUCCUGAAGUUAGAAAGUAUGGUUGGAAUCAUGAAGGUUUAAUUUUAGUGGGAAUUCUCUCCUUGAUUUUGCAUCAUUCUUCUGGCCAUGCACUCAUCGAGGCUACCAAAAGCAUAAUUUUUAAUGCUUCCUUGAUCUCUAUCAUAAACAGCACGGUCCAGGUUGUCACUUCCAAGGGACCUGCUCUAAUAGAAUAUGAUGAGGGAACAAGCUCGGGGGAAAGUCUAAUACUUUUGCUCUUGUUAUACUACUUCACCUUAAGAUGCUUCCGUGUUAUUCUACCGGAGGUCGCAGACAGGCAAACGUUCCUCGAGUCAACAGAUAUGACACAAUCAGUUUCUACAAUAAACAUUCAUCACCAUGAUUUAUGCAGGAUGAUCCAUUUCGGGUCUCCAAUCGUCAAGCUUGUUGCUUCAUCUUGCUUGUUGGAGUUUCUUUCUGGAAUAUCAUAUCAGAAAAAAGGGAAACAUGUGGUGUCACAGUGCUACAUUGGUUACCUAAAGACCUUAACGAUUGUAUUAGAAGGUCAGGUAUUUAACGACGACAUUCGGGUGGCAAUGAACUGUUGCCUCUGCUUAUCAAUAAUUUUAGGGUGGGAAAAGGAACUGGAAAUGCAGGAAUCAGGAGUUGUGAGAGGUAACUGGUAUAGGCUAAUUGUGGAGGAAAUGGUUAUGUCCAUGGCAGUUCCAUGCUUAGCAUCAAAGUCAUUCAUUAAUCAUCACAAACCUGCCGUUCAUCUAACUGUUGCAUUGCUAAAGCUCGAGAAGACUCCAGGGUGGAUGCGGAUCGUGUUCGAUGACCUUUCCUUAUCUUCUAUAAUCGAAAACCUUAAAGUCGUCGACGUCAGCUCUGAGAUGGUGCUUUUGUUUCGAGCUCUCCUCGAGUCUGGAUUCUUGAAGGCAGAGCAUAUAACUAGCCUUAAUAUUGUGUUCCAGGCUUGCAGAAAACGAAUGUACAACAAUGGUAAAGAACAGAUCAGCGAUAAGCAUGCUCGGAGGAGCGUCACCUGGGCGGAUGAUCCGGCGGAAAUUUGCGAGUAUCUCGUUCAUUUGAUGGUCUCUCGGUCGUGUUCAGACACCGAUUCAGGGAACAGAAGGUUGUCCAAUGAAAUAGAGAAGUUUUCCCGCAGUUUAACAGAAGGUAAUAGCUGA